AUGGGAACAAUGCAACAUUAUUCAUCACUCAUUCUUGUCUUGCUAUGCCUCUUCAACACCCCUUUCAUGGAGGCUCUGAAUGGAGGUUUCAGUGUGGAAAUCAUCCACCGUGACUCAUCAAGAUCACCAUUCUAUAAUCUAACAGAAACCCAUUUCCAAAGAGUUUCCAAUGCUGUGCGUCGUUCAAUAAACCGUGCUAAUCAUUUGGAGAAAUCUUUUGUUUCUGGAAACACAGUUGAAGCCACUGUUGCACCAGAUGAUGGUGGUGCUUAUCUCCUGAACUAUUCAAUUGGAACACCACCAUUCCAACUCUACGGUAUUGUAGAUACAGGAAGUGGCCUUGUUUGGCAGCAAUGCCAACCUUGCAAACGAUGUUUCAACCAAACCACUCCUAUUUUUAACCUUUCAAAAUCCAACACAUACAAAACCCUUCCUUGUUCUUCUGCUAUAUGUAAAUCUGUGAAAGACACAUUUUGCAACCCCAAUAAUGACCAAAACUGUGGAUAUUAUAUUGACUAUGCAGAUGGGUCAUACUCACAAGGAGAUAUUAGUGUGGAUACCCUCACUUUUGGCUCCAUCAAUGGCUGUGUUAAAUUUCCAAAUAUUGUGAUAGGUUGUGGAAGGAAAAAUGCCGUGUCCUUUGAGAAGGGUAAAGGCUCAGGCAUAGUUGGAUUUGGAGGUGGACCUGUGUCCCUUAUCUCUCAGUUGAGUUCUUCAAUAGAAGCCAAAUUCUCUUAUUGUUUGGUACCAAUGCUUUCACAAUCAAGCAAACUCAAUUUUGGAGAUGCUGCUGUGGUUUCUGGUGAUGGAACUGUCUCAACUCCCAUAGUCCCACAAAACCCAAAAGUAUUUUACCAUUUAACGUUGGAAGCACUUAGUGUGCAAAACAAUAGAAUCGAGUUUGGAAGAUCCUCUUCUAAAUCUGAUAGUACAGAAGGAAAUAUCAUAAUUGACUCGGGUUCAACGCUUUCUGUUUUACCAGAUGAUGUUUACUCAAAGUUAGAAUCAGCAGUGGCAAAUGUGGUCAAGUUAGAGCGUGCUAAAGACCCUUUGAAACAAUUGAACCUUUGCUACAAAUCAAGGUUAGAAAAACUUGAUGCACCAAUAAUCACUGCACAUUUUAGAGGUGCAGAUGUCAAAUUGAAUGCUAUCAACACCUUUCUUCAAGUUGAUGAUGAAAUUGUAUGCUUGGCAUUCUUUUCUUCUCCAAAACUUGCCAUCUUUGGGAACGUCGCACAACAAAACUUUUUGGUUGGCUAUGAUCUUCAAAAGAAAACCGUCUCCUUUAAGCCCACAGACUGCGCAAAGCAGUGA